UGAAGGGCAAAACACGUGAUCCUGAUCCAUCGGUAACUGUUCGCGUCCUCUCUGUACCGUGAAAAACUCAAUCUGUUUUUUUUCGGUGUCGUUUUUUUUCUUCAAGUAAUUGCGAUUCGCUGAUUUUUAUUUGUACCUGGGCAGGGUCAUCAGUGGAGCAGUUGGAGGUAUGGAUCUCGUCGAUCCGGUUCAGUCUGGGGUUUUUAUCGUUGUCGGCAUUCUUGUCGUUCUUGCAACCAAUCUCUUGUUCGUACUUGUUCCUUGUAAGCGCAUGACUUGCAAAUUCGAUUUGACAUCACCAUCACCAAGUGGCGUCCGUCAGCAGAACAGAAAUUUUUUUGUCCACAUUGGGAGGGAAGAAUACGAAUAGAUUGGAAAAGAAGUACAGGAACCAACGUUGAAAUCUUCAGAAAAAAAUCAUGCUCCAAACGUCCGGCUCCCGGUCCAUGGCGGACCUGAAAGAUCUCACCGCGGCGAAGGCAACACACGACGGAAAAGUUUUCGACUACCGAAUCGGCCUCCACAAGAGCGUCACGCCCCUGGGACAGGUCUUUCACCAUGUCGGAACGUUUACACCAAUGACGGAAAUGCAAAUGCCGCAACACACUCGACCCGGACAUAAAGGACCAUGGCGUAUUUAGUUUUUUACUUUAUUUUGUUUUCUCGCCUGUGUUACGCAGAAGUUCCGAAACUUUGAUAAAUGUUCUGACGUCGACCAUAAUUUCAAUUUGAUGAUGGAGUUGCAUCUUCCAAGACAUGAAGAUACUUCCAACUCGAAAAGGCUCCUACGGUACGUGGUGGCAAUCACUGCAGAAGGAGGACGAAAAGGAGCGAAAUGUCUUCCAUAAGGACGAGUGUGCCUCUCGCUACUGGCCACUGGGAAAGAACGUACUUUUGCUAUACGUUAUUUUUUUUUCGUACUUUUGCUAUACGAAGUGCUAGCACAUUGUGGUCCUAACUAAGUAAAACGCAUGUCCUCGACCACCAAUGUAUCUGCCUCUGAGUAACUUUCUCGCUCGCGCCCAAAAAAAAAAUCGAAACUCUGUAGGUCCAAAAAGUGCACGGCUCGCUGCAACCCGAGCAUUAUUUCAUGGGUUACCGUGCCCGGACCUCCUCCGACCCGCCACCGGGUACACUGGCGCAGGCCAGCAACUCGCUCUGGAUGGUCAAGAACGCGUAUGUGGAGCGGAUGGAAGAUCCACCGAUGCGGCGGACGAUAAAGUAAAAAAAGGAAGUCCGCUCCUACUUGUGACGCGCUUUUUUGGUCAACUAAGUACACAUUUUGUAAGUACUUACAUGCGGAGCAGCUAGGUAAGAAACAAACAAGAAGAUAUAUGAAUUUCAACGUUGUUCUUGCAAAAAAAGUUGAAGCAUUUCCUUACACUUUUUUGUCAACGAGUUACUUUUUUUGUGCUUUUUUCAGACCAGUAUAUUGUUUUGCAUAUCUUUUUUAGGUAGGAAGAAUUUCACACACACAUCAACGCACUGUAUUUUACAUUAUGAUUGGACUUGCGAGAGUCGUAUUUUACUACUGGUUUCCUUUCCAUGUUAAUGCAAACGAUGAAUUUUCAUGUACAAUAAGCGCAAGCGCUUUCUUUGGAACAAACAUUUGAAACUGUACACCACUGUUUUGAGUAGCUUCAACGAU